AUGGAUUGGCGCGAAAAACUUUUCGGGCGGGCACUUGUAAAAUGCGAUGCACCUGGUACGCAAAAUGGUAAAUUCGAAAAUGUACCAACUCUUGAAGCGUUAGCGGACUGUGUUGAAGAAGGGGAGGGUGCUGUUUGUGGUAUAUACUUUUCGUUUGCUAAUAUCAGUGAUGCUAGUGAUGACUUCGGUGUUCGCUUGGAGCAGGUUUAUAAAGCAGUUCAUCCGAAAUUGAAGGUGGUCGAGGUGGUGCUUUGGGCUCAUGUGGGUACUCCCGAGGGUCCAGUUGAAAGAGAAGCUGGUUUUCGUCGCACCUUGACUGGAAAACCCUGGUUCGCAGUGCCAUUUCACGACGUUGAUACGAAGGUAUGUGAAUAG